AUGCCUUCCCGAAUCCUCUUUGUUUAUACCUCUGCCGACAAGACUUCCAGUGGGACUCCAACUGGAUGGUGGCUCUCCGAAGCCUCACACCCGUAUUACUUGCUUCGCGACAAGGCAGAAAUUGACUUUGCAUCCCCAAAAGGACCCAACCCCCCGGUUGAUGAAGGCUCGGUCAAGGCUUCGACCGAUGCUGAGAGUGUCAAGUUCUUGGAGGAUCCCGAGGUGCAAGGGAAACUUGCAAACGCAAAGAAGCUAGCGGAUGUCAAUCCACAGGAUUACGAUGCCGUGCUUUAUAUUGGAGGGCAUGGACCGAUGUUUGACCUAUCCAUCGAUCCUGUAAACGCCGAGUUGGGAAGCGCUUUCUUCCGAUCGGGUAAGAUUACGGCUGCCGUCUGUCACGGCCCCGGUGCUCUUGUGGGUGUAACGGACGCGUCGGGGAAGAGCAUAUUCGCAGAACGAAAUGUAACCGGUCUCUCCAAUGUCGAAGAGGAGCUUAUUGGUGCUACCAAAGUGGUUCCGUUCUUGCUUGAAGACCGAAUUAAGGAACUUGGCGGGAAGUAUUCAGCUACAGAACCGUUUGGCAGCAAGGUUGUUGUUGACGGGAAUUAUUUGGCAAUUGGCUCUAUGCUGAAUGACCCAAUCGCUAUGAAUAACCCCGACUCGGAUGCGGGCGUACGCUUGCACAUGCCUCGCGUCCUCUUUGUCUUUACUUCUGCAAACAAAACUCUGACAGGGUCUCCGACCGGCUGGUGGAUGUCCGAAGCUGCUCAUCCUUACUACAUCCUUCACGGAAAGGUCGAUGUCGACUUUGCAUCCCCUAAAGGUCCGAAUCCCCCUGUUGAUGAGGCCUCAACUAGGGAGCCCAUUGAUGAAGAGAGCGAGGUUCUGGAAAGAUCCAGAAUUUUUUAUGUUGGAGGACAUGGCCCUAUGCUUGAUCUAGCAACCGACCUUGACAAUAUUAAGCUGGCAAAUGCCUUCUUUCGGUCUGGAAAGAUUACCUCGGCUGUAUGUCACGGCCCCGGUGCUCUUGUGGGUGUGACCGACGCAUCCGGCAAGAGUAUCUUUGCAGGGCGGAACGUAACUGGACUUUCCGAUACUGAGGAAGUGAUCUUUGACGGGGUUGGACGUAUUCCAUUCUUGCUCGAAGAUAGAAUCAAGGAGCUUGGAGGCAGGUAUUCAAAAGGGGCAGAUUUCACCACGCAUGUAGUUGUCGACGGGAACGUUAUAACUGGACAGAACCCAACUAUCUCGAGGGGUCAGCAUUAUCUCUCCUCAGGCCGCGAUGAUGCUCAAGGUGUUUUGGCGUCAGUUCCGCGCUCUGGUCCGGAAGAAUUGGAUUGUGGUCUCCAAUCACUGGUUUCGGAAUAUUUUAAGAUGUUUUUUGUUGCCGAUUGGUAUGUUAUAUGGACUACUUCCCCUCUUGGACUGCGAUUUGACUGGUGGUCCACAGCGUUCGCAAUCUUCUUUGCUUAUGCUUCCGAGUUUCUCAACCGUCCUGACAAGCUUGGCUUUGGAUCUGCUGUUGACAUACCACUCACGAGUCCCCGCCCUGAUCUCAGCUCUCACACAAUAUCUAACCUAUCCCCGGCUCAACAAUCUCGCCUCAAACAACUUGCAUCUCCUAAUGACGUUCAACGUGCUUGCAAGAGUAAUUUUAACAUGAUUUCAGAAUGCUUUGCUGUCAUUAUCUUCGACUACGUCCCAUACAAUCCACAGGACCGUAGCCCGCUCUCGUAUACGAUACGUGCAGAUUCCGGGAGAACUAGGGUCGACGUCGAGAAUAACAACAGCGACGCCGAGAAGGUUCUGCUCCCUGUUCAAUGGGCCGUCGACCGUGCUGGAAUGGAACUCAUGGGCGUCAUGGGCGUCGAGACCCCACGCGAAUGGCCGUACACCCAAGAAACCAACGAAGAACAAGCCCUCAAAAGGAGGUUGUCAUAUGCCGAUACCAUCGAGGAUCUACUUGUCUUUGUCCUGUUUGUUGUAUUUUUGGGCAUUGUAUACCAACUUGCCGGAGCUGUAGUUGACGAACGAGCAAGCAAGCUAGCGAGCUUGAUGCAUGUUAUGGGAUGCGGACGCGCGGCCCGUAUUGUCUCGUGGCACAUUAGCAUUUCGAUGGUGUACCUUCCCGCAUGGAUCAUCACUGCGGUUAUCUGGCAGCGCCGUAUCUUCAGCGCAACCAACGUAGGACUUAUCAUAGCAAUUCACAUUAUUACUGGAUUAUCCCUCUCUUCGUUCUCCUUGCUUGCAUCGAUGCCAUUCCACAAGUCUCCCCAACUUGCGGCCAUAGCACUACAUUCCUGUCACUCCUCCUUGCCAUUAUUGCCAUGCUGCUUCCUGACUCUCCAACUGCUGCGGGAUGUACACCCUCAUCUUCCCUCCGGUUUCUACGUAUUUGCUAUCAAGGCGUCUCUCGUUUCGAGACACGAGAGCAAGGCGCUGUGGCGUAGUAAUCGGCGUGGCGUGGCGAACAUCUUCCUAUGGGCUCACAUUGCUGGAGUCGUCGAGCGAUCGAUGUUUGAGCCAGGAGCAGGUGAACGAGACGCCUCAACGACGUCAUCUGGAUUCUUCGGGUUCUUGCGUAAGCGUAAACCCGCCCAGUCAACCAACGAGGGCGCCGCUCCACCAGUUCUUGCCUCUAUGACCAAUGGCGCCCAUCCCGUCCCAGCGGCAAUCACUUUACACAAUAUCACCAAGACCUUCAAGCCCGCCAAGCGUCGUGCAGAACGUAUCACUGCCGUCAAGAAUUUGUCCCUGUCUGUCCCUUCGCGUGGGAUCUUUGUCCUACUCGGUGCAAAUGGAAGCGGCAAAUCCACUACACUGGGAAUGGUCGCUGGCCUCGAGAAGCCUGAUUCCGGAUGGAUUGAGUUCAACGACCAAACUGAGGCACAGGUUGACGAAAAGGGAAAAGGCUUGGAGAAGGGAGACGAAACUGACCUUGAGAAAGCUACCUCCUCAAGCGGUGGUCGCAAGGCCUCGCUCGGCCUGGUCCCUCAGAAGAAUGUUCUUUUCCCCGAACUUACCUGUCAGCAGACCCUUCGUUUGUGGCGAGACCUCAAGGCUGCACGCUUUCCUGACGAGGCUAAUAACGAUAGUGGCAUCGACGAGUUGAUCAAAUCGUGUUCGCUCGAAGGCAAGACUCAUGCGCGUGCUUCCACGCUUUCUGGUGGCCAAAAGCGUAGACUGCAACUCGCGGCUGGGCUGAUUGGAGGUAGCAAGAUUGUGCUUGUCGAUGAGGCUACUAGCGGAGUCGAUCCUCUUAGUCGUAGGGCGAUUUGGAGAGCGUUGAGAGAUGUUAGGAACGACCGUUGCGUUGUGUUUACUACCCAUUUCCUCGACGAAGCCGAUCUACUUGCAGAUGAUAUUGCGAUCCUGGCCGCUCCCGGAAAAUUACUCGCGCAAGGAUCUCCUGUAUCGUUGAAAUCACGUCUUGGAGAAGGAUACGUUGUCACUGUCUCCACCGAUGCUUCGCCCGAAUCAGUUCUCGAUGUCAUUCGUACCCGAGCUCCUCAUGCAGCUCAAGAUCCCUCUGACCAAGGCGCAUAUAUUUUACAUACCAAGAGCGCAAGCGUAGUUGGACAAGUUCUCGACGCCCUCGAAUCCAAGAAGAAAGAGCUCGGUAUUGACGGUUACGACGUACGCGGUACAAGUAUGGAAGCCAUCUUCCUAGGACUCAUGGGCACAACCGACACCGAGGAAGUCAUCGAACACGACGAACUGGCUGCCGUUCAAAGUAAAGACGGUGCAAACCCUGAGCUCGGACGUCGACUCUCCCGAACCGGAUUGUAUCCUUCUGAUGCUGCCCCACUCCCUCUGUCCGAUGGGCGCAAGACAUCUCCAUUACGACAAGCUCUUACUGGAUUCCACAAACGCUGUUUGAUUCUUCGCCGUUCCUGGCUCACUUAUGCACUGAUGGUUAUCAUUGCUCUCGCUGGUGCUUGUGUUCCCCUUAUUUUCCUCAAGGAUCGAUCGGAUACUUGCAGCUUCGAGCAGGAUAUGGAAUUUGUCCAACCCUUAUAUAUCCCUUCUGAAGUCUCGAGUUUGCCUUCGGGAGCUGGGGCCAUGCUGAAUGCGUACAGACCGCUUAUUGCACCUCCCGGCUUGUUAGAUACACUGGGCAGCCAAGCCGAAUCCAUCCCUCAAACUCAGAUACAGACCUCAGAAUUCGAGAGCACUCUGAGACAGAACUAUCGGAACCUCUCCCUCGGUGGCCUUGCUGUGUCCUCUGGCGUCGCAACCGUGGCAUGGGAGGCUUCGUCGGGAUCCAAAGCAGGGAUGGCGUUACUCAACCUCGCAAAUAAUGUUCUUGUUCAUCAGUCUUUGGGAUCUGGCGCGGAUGGCACUGGUGGACGAAUUAUGGCCGCAUUUCAGAAUUUGCCAGGGGCGUGGGUGGCCGGUACUGGCGCUGCGCUCAAAUGGGAAGGUUUCUUCGGUGCCUCGAUGGGGCUCUGGCCAGCAUUCUUUGUUCUCUACGUCCAAUUCUACGCCCUUGGCGUACUGUGGGUUGUGAUGGUUCUCUAUGGUGUAGCAGGAGCCUUGUUUGCCUAUGUGAUUCGACUUUUGUCGCCCCUGGCUGCGUUUGCAGUAGCCGGUGGAUACAACGUUAUCAUCUCUGUGCUAUACACAGCAGCAUACAUGCUUACUCUACAUAUUCUCCUGCUCUCAAUCGGAGCAUUACACAAUAGCCUUGUUUCUCCUGUCGUUAGUCUCGUUCGCGCGGGUUUUGUCUCGGUCAACCUGUUCUCUAUCCUCUGUGAUGGAUUCGGUAAUUAUAGCCCGAGCUCCCCUGGAAGUAUGAGCAAAUUUGGUGGGCCCAUUGUUUACCUCAUCGGCUGGAUCCUAUUCCUCUUUGGGUUGCUCAUGUGGAUCGAGUACGGCAAACCCAUCCCCAAGCAACUCCGAUUCAAGCGCAAGGCCCUCAAUGAUCACCAAGACAUUGAAGAUUCGCCUCGCGGAAACGCAUCAUUUGUCAACGAAGUCAGGGAGAGCCGAACGCGUCUUCCCCGGCCGAUUUACCGCCGUCGACGACGUCUCUUUGGAGUCGAUAAUGAAACCUUUGCUAUGCUUGGACCCAAUGGAGCCGGAAAAACAACGACAUUUAAUAUCAUUCGAGGAGACAUUCGUCCAACCAAGGGGGACGUGCGGAUCAAUGGCGUGUCUAUUGUGGAUGAGCCAGCGGCCGCUCGCGUAUCUCUGGGUGUCACACCUCAGUUCUCUGCAGCAGAUUCACAGUUGACGGUCAGGGAACACAUGAUGAUCUACGGGAGCAUCAAGGGACUUCACGGGGAAGAGUUGAAGCGAAAUGUCGAUAUGUUGAUCGAGGCGGCGACAUUGAGUCAGUACGGAGAUCGUCUGGCCAGUAAGCUUAGUGGCGGCAAUGCUCGGAAGCUUAGCCUUGCGUUGGCUCUCAUCGGAAACCCUCGUGUGCUGCUCAUUGACGAAUAUUCGACCGGUAUUGACGCCGCGACCAAACGUGCGAUGUGGAAAACUCUCCGCCGCGUCAGUGCUGGAAAGGCUGUGGUUAUCACAACGCAUUCGAUGGAGGAAGCAUCGGCGCUCGCAUCAAAAGUUGGAAUCUUAUCCGGGCGUAUGUUAGCUGUUGGAACAAUGCAAUCUCUUGUCUCGCAUUUCCCAACCUACGAGGUUCAUUUCACCGCAAGGACUCCAGCGGAAGCCGCUCGUGCCCAAGAGCUAAUGACACGCUUCCCGGGUGCGAAACAAGCUGAUGACGUUGCGACCCGUUACGAAGUCCCGAUUGGUCAGACAUCACUUGCCGAUUUAUUCAGGACACUUAGUGGCGGAACGGACAAGAAUGACGACAGUAUUCAAGAGCCAGAUGCAGAUCUAGAGUACACGGUAGAACGGCUGGGAUUAGAGAGCGUUUUCCUCAAGGUCAUUCGUGAGCACGAGCGUACUAAGCCCCAGCCUGAGAAGCGUUCUGGGUGGAAGUGGUGGUAA